GAAUGGGAUUGGCUGAGCCACUCACUGGAAGUGCUAUCCCAGACUUCCGUGAUAUCCUGUCGUUCGCUUGAAAACCAAACGCAUUCAACAGUCUGUGGAUGCGUACUGCACGUACGGGAUGGUGGAUUUGUUAUUCCAGCUUUCAACCAGGUGCAGUAGACUUGACAAUCGCCUGUUCGCCGCUGCACAUACAUAUCCAGUGAUCCACCACCGUCGACGUCGUUGGCUGACAGGCUUGUUUGUUAUAAAGCAUUCUGCCCGUAUAUAUAUCAGCAUCCACACGCACACUGCCUAAUAGGCAAUCCCAACCGGAAGCGCAGUGAACUAACCAGCUGUUUCAGCUGGAUGCGCUUAUCCAGUGCGGUGCAGCAUUGCUAGAGGCUUUUUGCAGAUUAGCAUACAUCUUCAGUCGGCCAUAUGGAGGAGACACUGUAAAAUAUUUUCAACAUGGCUGUUAAAGGCACCGGUGUUUCCGGCACCACCAUCGUUGGCAUCGUGCUGAGUGGCCUCCUGGUAGCGGUACUCAGUGUUCUGGCCAUUCUCUCCGUCAUCCGUAAAUUCCGCGCCAAGAAAGCGAACGAUCUGCGUACUCCGCCGGCCGACAUCGAGUGCGCUAUCCUGGGUAAGGGCGUGGUCGCCCACGGUCCCCCCACCGAGCGUCGCCGUGUCCAGAAACAUAUCCGCAGCGGCACCGUUGCGUCCUUGGCGGCAUCCGGCAAGGCGUCCUCACCGUCCGGCAGUUCCAGUCAUCCGGCAUCCUGGACCGAGAGUGGUGGGGCGUAUGAGGAAGGCACUGAAGCGGAAUACGACCUGGAGGAAGAGGAUACCGAGGAUGAGACGCUGACGGAAGAACGAGAAAAUAAACCGGUCAGCUUUGGGACACUGCAUUUCAGUGCGCGGUACAAUUUCGAGAGGAAUGCACUGACCAUUAAUGUGCUGCGGUGUGAGGAACUGGUUAGCCGGACGACAUCGAAGAAAAGUGUGGAUCCCUACGUCAAACUGCAGCUCUUACCGGAAAAGCAGCAUCGGGCCAAAACCCGCGUCUUGCGCAACACCAACAAUCCCAUUUACAAUGAGGAGUUCACAUUCUUCGGAUUAAAUUACAAUCAACUACAGGGCAUGGUUAUCCAUUUCGCCAUCAUUAGCUUUGAUCGGUAUUCUCGCGAUGAGAUCCUCGGAGAACUGCUCUGCCCGCUUAGCUUAAUCGAUCUGUCGCAGUCUGAUCAGGAAACAACACUCUCCAAGGAAAUCUGCACCCGACAAAAGGUCCGUUCACAAGGUCGCGGCGAAGUAUUGUUGUCCUUGUGCUAUCAACCGGCAACCAACCGCUUGACAUGUGUCAUUCUCAAAGCCAAAGGACUCCCACGGAAGAACAUAAUGGACUUGGCAGAUUGCUGUUUAUCGUGCGCGAUGCCGGUUGGACUUGCAAACCCAUACAUGAAGCUGUAUCUGAUCUGCAACGGCCAGCGUAUUGCUAAAAAGAAGACCCACGUGAAGAAGCACACUUUGAAUCCGGUGUUUAACGAAUCAUUCGUCUUUGAUCUGCCGGCUAACAUUCAAGGCCUGGAAGGGGUCUCACUGGAGCUGAUGCUAUUGGAUUUUGACCGGCUUACCAAAAACGAAGUCGUGGGAAGACUGGAGCUGGGCCCGAAUGUUUUGGAGGAAACAGCACGCAAACAUUGGCAGGACAUUUGCAGCAGUCCACGGAAGCAGAUUGCCGAAUGGCAUAAACUGCAGGAAUGAUCGAUGGGAGCGGAAGUCACAUCUAUUUAUUUAACCUUUUCACCUGCUGCAGUGCAGUUUGUAGAGAAUAUCGUUCAGUUGAUGUUCACAUCGAUUGCCACUUUCAUUUUUUAUAAUUUGUGCGACAACUGGCUGUUUAUAUUCAUCUAUCGGUAUAAGAACCCCUUCUGUUGGCGGCUGAAAAUAACGGAAAGCAUACAGUUAUAAGCUUCUUAUUGAUAGCAAAGAUAUAUUUUUUGAGCCUUUGCGCUUUUUUUGUUUUCAAUUUUUUGCUUUGCAUUUCAUGUUCAGAUAUCCACAACAACGAAAUCAUGCACGG